CCUCCCCAACAACCCUAACUAAAGCUCCCGCGUUAGGCAUAAUUUACGGCCGUCACUAUUUCUCUACCAUUGAGGGGGCUAGGUCUCCGUUCGAAGUUCAUCUCCGUCAUAGACGCCCCCGAUCAGCCGUGAUCCACUCCCCUUUCUGAGAGCGCACCCAUGCCAGGAACUUCGGCAGCCAUCGGAUCUUCCGGAUCAGCCAAGCAGGAGCAUUGGCUAACGGCGAGGCUUAAACGGGUGGCAUCGGGGAGUAACGUGGUGGGUCGUAAGCUACUAUGGAGCACGGGGAAGGCGGCGUGGAUCGCGGGGACGACGUUCUUAAUCCUAUGCGUGCCGCUUAUCAUAGAGAUGGACCGCGAGCAGCAGCUGAUGGACCUAGAAGGGCAACAGGGGCUCCUUGGAGCGCCUCCUGUUGGCGCGCUUGCUCCUCCAGCUGCAGCAGCUAAAUAAGGCUGCGCCUGGGGUCAGGGAGGAAACUACAGAACCGGGGUUAGGGGGGGGGGGGGAAUUCUAGGGGUUUAAGUGUUGAUAAAUGAAUUCAUUAGGGUUUUGGCUUUAGAACGAGCCUACAUUACGGGUGCUCUGUGUCCUACUAAAGAAAUUUUCUUUUACCAGUGCGUGUGGAAGGCUGAGGCGGACGCUAGACAGAUGGAUGGA